ACUGGGUGCCUGGGUGCUACAAACCCGCCCCCCACUCCUCCGGCCGGAAGCGCCGCGUUUCGGGUGGUUACUAGGGAACCGGGGAGGCGGAAGUCCCGCCUGCCGAGCUGUGGCUGUUAUUGUGACAGGGACCGUGACAGCGACAGGCCCGGCCGCCCGGCACCAGUCCCCGCCCGCCCGCACACGGGCCUCCCCGCCGGACCGCACCAUGAAGUGGAUGUUCAAGGAGGACCAUGCGCUGGAGCACAGAUGUGUCGAGUCGGCAAAAAUCCGUGCCAAAUACCCUGACCGUGUUCCGGUCAUAGUGGAGAAGGUCUCAGGAUCUCAGAUUGUUGAUAUUGACAAGAGGAAGUACUUGGUUCCGUCUGACAUCACCGUGGCCCAGUUCAUGUGGAUCAUCAGGAAGAGAAUUCAACUGCCAUCUGAGAAAGCAAUAUUCCUCUUUGUAGACAAGACUGUCCCACAAUCCAGCUUAACUAUGGGACAACUUUAUGAGAAGGAAAAAGAUGAGGAUGGAUUCUUGUAUGUUGCCUACAGUGGAGAGAACACAUUUGGUUUCUGAAUGGUGGGUCUUGGCUAGUAUAUCAUCCUGCUGUGUAUCUUGUAAAUAGCUGAUAAUUUUGUGUUCUGACAGCCACAGAAUUUCCUUCUAUACACAUGCAUUUGUAACUGGAUUUAUUUCUUAAUAUAUUGAUAGGUUUUGUUUUAUUAGACUGUUAAAUUAUCAAAAAAAGUUUUGUUGUUUUUGUGGGUUUUGGUGGUUUUUUUUUCUCUCAUGAUUAAAUAUUCCCAGAGCCUCACUCCUUUGGGGGAUACACAUUGAUUAAAUAAUGACAUUGAUUAAAUAAUAAGCAAAGUAGUUAGGCUACUAAAACACAAAAAGAAUAAUAUGCAUUAAUUCUGUUUUGAGGUGUUAGUUUAAGAAAAAUAAAACCAUUGAAUUUGUCUUGGGAACACUGAAUUUGCUAGCUUAUCCUAAAUAAGCAAGAUGCUGAUUAUGUUGAAUUGAGCUAGUAUGUUCCUCUCUCAAUUAACAAACAGGUACAAUAAAAAAAUCCUGUCACAAA